ACACCCACCAAAUUGGUUUUUUUCGUCGACAAUCGAGCUCGAGCCCAUUUCAUUUCGAGAUAUAAUGGUAAUAGCGAUUCGAAAGGUUGGUCAUUUGGAUACUUCGCUCGAUCGAUGCAACAUAGUUCACAGUGAUUCGUGCUACAGCCGAAUCCAGUUUACGAGUCGUUCAACUACAUAGUUCAGUGGCGCGAAUAUUUACCUACCUUAUUACAUAUUCCAAAUUAUACGAGUAUUUUCGAAAUUAAAAAAAUUCCACAAGUGCAGUGUCGCGAUCGAAUCAUGAAUCAAAAAUUGAACCAAAUUUUGAGAAACGUCACCGUCGAGCCAGCAGUUUUAUUUUAUUUCACUACGUACAUGAUUAUGGACGCGGUCAACACGAACCUCUUCAUACAGAAAAUUUGUCGAGAAAACAUCACGAUGGAACCGAGCGAUUUGAACACUCCGUGUAAAAAUACGACACUGGCUAGCGACUUCGUAUCGAAAAUGAACUCAAAAUAUCGUGCAAUUAUGAUGCUAAUCUGCAUAAUUUACUCCAUGUUCGCCACUUGCUGGAGCGACGAAGCUGGAAAACGCCGAAGACCGUUGAUUUUCGUGCCCAUGAUAGCUCAAUUUUUCCACUGCCUGGUGGGUUGCCUACAUUCGCAUUUCUGGCUCUGGCAUCCGAAAAAUGCCGCCUUAACCGAGCUAAUUGUCGAAAGCCUAGGUGGCGGAAUUCCAUUGAUGACGGUGGCCGUUCAGAUGUACAUCUGCGAUGUGUCCAAUUCCGAGAAUCGAACAAUGAGGCUGGGAUUCUUAUACGCGGUGGAAUUACUAUGUUUCCCGUUGGGUAAAGGAAGCGCCGGAUUCAUUAUAAGAGCGUUCGGGUAUUUUUAUUCGUAUCUUUUGUGCGCCGUUUUAUCAGCGACUGGAUUCCUUCUGGCUGUGAUAUUUGUCAAAGAUGUUUCCGUGCCUGUGGUGUCGAACAGAAGUUAUAUUUGGAGAGUGGUGAAUCUCGCUGGGGUGCGGGAUAGUUUCGGAGUUAUUUUUAAGAAGAGCAUGGGAAGUAGACGAAUGGUGGUCGCGGUGCUGAUCUUAAUCAAGAUACUGAUGUAUUUUAUUACUCAAGGUGAGAAAACAGUCUUUUAUCUAUUCAUGGUGGAGAAAUUCAAAUGGAAUGAGGUGGAUUUCAGCGUAUUUUCAUUUUAUAAAUAUUCUGGAGUGAUUUUAGGUACUGUUUUUUGUUCAAUUUUGAUGAGUAAAAUUUUAAAAAUUCACGACGGUUUGAUCGGAGCCUUCGCUGUAUUUUGGGAUACAAUCACUGCGAUAGGAUUCUUAUUUGCAACACAAAAUUGGCACAUUUACGCAGUUGCUUUAUUCGAUGUAUUGCACGGUACAGCAUUAUCAGUAUGCAUUUCAUUUAUAAGCAAGCAUUAUGACAGUACUGAAUUUGGACGACUGAGUACUGUUCAGAAUGCAUUCGCGAUAUUCAUUCCUCUAUGCCAUCCUGUUUACAAUGGAGUAUUUCAAAUGACCAUAAAGUCUUUCCCGUCAGCAUUUUUUAUUAUUAGUAUUAUUUUGAACAUUCUAGUCUUCUUGUUAUACAGCUCAUCUUAUUUAAUCAGUAAAAAAAUCGAGAAUCGAAUUGGCAAGAGUUGAAUAGCUGUACUUAAACGUGAUUUACCAAAGAUGAUACGAUAAUUGCGUCAUUUGCAAUUAACGUUUUUUUUUUUAUAAUCUUUUUUUUUUUAAUGAACAGUUUUUAUACGUUUGUAUUACGAAUGUUCCAUGAAAUAAAGAACAAUUUUGUA